AAAAGAAGUUUCGAUUGUGCAGAAUUGUUUCUCAGUAAAUGGUCUUCUGUAGAAUUGCUUUAUAGCAUAGUUGAGAAAAUAUCCGAGAUACUUCGGCGCCCAUUAAACUCGAUUCCGGAAGCAAUCAUUAUUUUCACUGGACUUUUGUCCACAGCUUUCCUAGGGAGGCUUUUAAAAGCGCAUGAAUGGCUUGGAAUGUUAACCGUCAUCAUGGGUCUGAGUGUGGUGGGCUCUUCCGAUUUCAUCUUUGGCUCUGGUAGCAGCAACAACUCAAUCAACAGCAUUAUCACUGGUGAUCUGCUGAUUGUUAUGGCGCAAAUCGUUACAGCCAGCCAAAUGGUAUGGGAAGAGAAAUUUGUUACCAAACACAAUGUGCCAUUGUUGCAGGCCGUCGGCUGGGAGGGUAAUUUUGGUUUUGUAACCCUGUCCCUCUUGCUUAUUCCUAUGUAUUUCCUUCGUGUGGGACCUCCAUUUAGCUCUAAUCCUCGUAUGCUCCUUGAAGAUGCUCUGGAUGGUUUCAUCCAAAUGCGUAAUAACCCAAUGAUUAUUCUCGCCAUGUCAGGUACUGUGAUAAGUAUCGCAUUUUUUUAUUUCGCUGGUGUCAGCGUCACAAAGGAAUUGUCAGCGACCACUCGUAUGGUUCUGGAUUCGGUACGAACGCUUGUUAUUUGGAGCGUAAGUCUAUCUCUUCAAUGGCAACAAUUUUAUUGGCCUCAGAUUAUUGGAUUUGCUUUGCUUGUGAUGGGCAUGGGCUUGUACAAUAACAUUAUCAACGCUUCGAUUUGCAAGUGCCGCCGCGGAUCGGACUCGGAGCCACUUUUAGGGGUUAAUGAAGACCAAUCCAUCAAUGAGGAAGAAGGAAGACCUAGUGUUAUCCACUAGUCUCGCAAUAUUAUUUUUCUCUUCGUCAAAGUUUCUCUAUAUGCUUUUCUCAAUUCAUAGCGGUAACUCCUCAUAUUUUUUUUCCUUUUUUCCUCCAAACGACGGAAAAUUUGCAAUCGUUUCGUUACUAGUGCAGUCUCGUUCAGCAAAAUUAAUGCGUAUUUAAAAAAAAUGAAUUGGGACGAGAAUUAUUUCCUGUUGGUUUCAUAUCGUGGAACUACCAGAUUCUCUUUCAUCGUCUGUCUUUCAUUAAAUGGCGGGUCUUCCUUGAUGAAAAUUAACAAUAGAUUAUCGUGUGUAGGCGA